CACAAUUUGGAGUUGCUAAUUAACCUAGCAUGUUUUUUUGGAAUGUGGGAGGAAACCCGGAGAAUAAAUCCACGCAUGCACGGGGAGAACAUGCAAACUCCACACAGAGAUGGCCGAGGGUGGAAUUGAACCCUGGUCUCCUAGCUGUGAGGUCUGUGUGCUAACCACUCGAACGCCGUGCAGCCGCUAAGAAUUCAAUGCAUCGAUAAUGUUGGAGGUAAACAAAGCCAAAUGUAGCUUAGCGUGUCCUUUUCAAGGGGGUGUUUACAUAGUUUUGUCUGUGUGUAUACAUGUUACAGGGCAGUGGAACACAUGAAAGGAGGAUGGGGGACUCUAUGAUAUCAAGUUAUGUUUAUUUUUUCAAUGAUUACAUGAUGUAAUAUUUCAUACACACAUUCCUAUCAUGUGCUACAAGUGAGGGCUGGCAUGCUUUUAGAAACGAGCAAUGAGGAGAUUCUGCCAAAUGACGCUUCACACCAACGUUUGGUCAUUUUAGGCUCGACGUGUCACAGUCUUUCCGGGUGGAAUCAAACCUCUUUGUGUUGAUUCACCUGAGACUGUCAACUCAAGGUGAGGCGGAAGGAUGCGGUGCACGGAUAAAAAAAACACUUGUGUCAUCCUUGUGCUGGGGGCUUCAGGUGUUAUCAGGUCAUUGAACGCACCGUUCUACCAUUCUCCGAUGCACAACGGAAUGUAUGGAUGUAUUUCCAAUGCUGAUACUACGUCGGAAUGCAUAAAGGACUCUUCAGAAGAAUGAUUGACGCUCACCUGGAGGCUGGAGAUGGCGGAGGGCGGAGUCAUGAGCGUCUGCUCUAAAAGGGGAUUAAGAGGAGUGGUCCCCGGGAGGUGAGUGGCCCGCCAGUAGACUUCCAUGUAUUCAGCCAAAUGCUCACAAGCGUCCUCCAGCUGGUUUUCAUCCAAAAUGACAUCAAACAAAUCCUACGAGGUAAAAGUACAUAUUUAAAUAGAGCCAUGGUGUCUUGUUUACACAUUUACAGAUACUACUUUUCUUCAAGUUAUUAUGGAGAAAAAUGAAGGAUUCAUUGAAAGGAUUGUUAGAGAUAAGUUAAGCUAAGCUAUGCCUUUACUAGUCCCCAGUACUAUCAGUAGUAGUACCGUAAAUCACAAUAGUAUAGUACAAAGCACACAAAAGCAGAUCAAGUGCAUAAACAGGGUAAUACAAAUCAGAAUUUAGAUACAAAAUAUACAACUAUAUACAUGUAUAUACUAUAUACAAGUAUAUACUAUAUACAUGUUGACUAAGUCACAGGGUUCUUGCACGGUUAUUGCACUAUUUAUCAUAUGGUUUAUUGCAUUGGACACGAUUUUUGGAGCAUCCAUCCAUCCAUCUAUCAUCCAUCUAUCAUCCAUUCAUCCAUCAUCCAGCCAUCUAUUUAUCACCCAUCCAUCUAUCAUCCAUCUACCAUCCAUCAUCCAUCCAUCAAUCCAUCUAUCAUCCAUCCAUCCAGCCAUCUAUUUAUCAUCCAUCCAUCAUCCAUCCAGCCAUCUAUCUAUCAUCCAUCCAUCUAUCAUCCAUCCAUUCGUUUAUUAUCCAUCCAGCCAUCUAUUUAUCAUCCAUCCAUCCAUCAUCCAGCCAUCCAUCUAUCAUCCAUCCAUCCAUCCAUCCAUCCAUCUAUCAUCCAUCUAUCCAGCCAUCUAUUUAUCAUCCAUCCAUCGUCCAUCCAGCCAUCUAUUUAUCAUCUAUCUAUCAUCCAUCUAUCCAUCUAUCCACCCAUCUAUCAUCCAUCCAUCCAUCUAUCAUCCAUCCGUCUAUUAUCCAUCCAGCCAUCUAUUUAUCAUCCAUCCAUCAUCCAUCCAGCCAUCUAUCUAUCAUCCAUCCAUCUAUCAUCCAUCCAUUCGUUUAUUAUCCAUCCAGCCAUCUAUUUAUCAUCCAUCCAUCCAUCAUCCAUCCAUCCAUCUAUCAUCCAUCCAUCCAUCCAUCCAUCCAUCCAUCUAUCAUCCAUCUAUCCAGCCAUCUAUUUAUCAUCCAUCCAUCGUCCAUCCAGCCAUCUAUUUAUCAUCUAUCUAUCAUCCAUCUAUCCAUCUAUCCACCCAUCUAUCAUCCAUCCAUCCAUCUAUCAUCCAUCCGUCUAUUAUCCAUCCAGCCAUCUAUUUAUCAUCCAUCUAUCCAUCCAUCUACCAUCUAUCAUCCAUCCAUCCAGCCAUCUAUCAUCCAUCCAUCCAUCAUCCAUCCAUCAAUCCAUCUAUCAUCCAUCCAUCCAGCCAUCUAUUUAUCAUCCAUCCAUCAUCCAUCCAUCCAUCUAUUUAUCAUCUAUCUAUCAUCCAUCUAUCCAGCCAUCUAUCAUCCAUCCAUCCAGCCAUCUAUCAUCCAUCCAUCCAUCCAUCCAUCCAUCCAUCUAUCAUCCAAAUCCAUCCAUAUCCAUCCAUAUCCAUCCAUAUCCAUCCAUAUACAGUAUGUGACCUGUCAAUCUGUUAAAAUGUUGUUAACUCAUACUUAAUUUCACUUAAUUGCAGACAUUUUUUUUCUAUAAUAAGUUGUGCUGUAAAGCUCUAUGUGGUAAAUGAUUUGCUAAAUAAUCCCAUUUGUAUGCAAAGGGAUAUCAGUUUUGGAAAUAUGGGCCAUUAUUUUUUAUUGAAAAAAUGUUUACAUUUAGAAAUUCCCUAAUUUUUGCAUGUUUAAUGUGAGAAGCAUUUUGUCCCACUUUGUUCGACGGUGCUUGAACACACCUUCUAGCUUUGUCCCACGCUUUCCAGAUAGACUACUAUAGUGUAUUUUUUAUUCUAUUCCUCUACUCUUGUUUCAUCUACCUUAACCCACCCGGCCGAGACAGAUGGUUGCCCCACAGAGCCUGGGUUGUGUUCAAGGUUUCUUCUCCAAUGCCUUUGUUGCCAAGUGGUCGCUCAUGUGAGGUUCAGUUGGUCUCUCUUUUGGUUUAUGAAGAGUGUGAUAGACCUACUUUUAUGAAGUACUCAACUUGCUUCACACUGCAUUAACCACCAAGCACUGCACACACUAGCGGAACAAUUCUUAAAGGGGACUAUUAUGCUCAUUUGCAGGGCUUGGUAUUGAGUUGUGGACUACUAUAGUGCAGCAGCACAUGAUAACACGCACAUAAAGCUCUCUAGAUCUUCCAGGUUCUGCACCUCUUUCUGCAGUACUUCAACUGACUCCCUGCUUCCGACCCAAACGGUCUCUUUAAUUUCCUCCACCCCCGGCCCACCUCUAGGAACGUCCACUCCACUGUGAUUGGUCACACUCUCAAGCGCUCCCGAGGACUUCCGGAUCCGUAGCUCUGCAUUUAUUAAUUACUCAACUAUGUAUGUGCAUGUGUACUGUGUGAGAUAGUACUCACAGGGGGGCACUGAGAGAGUUUGUCUGCAGCCAUCAUCUGAACAUUCAGGUGCUUGCUCUGAGACUUCCCCCUGGACUUGAUCAGCCUCUGGAGCACCUUUAGAGAAGCCCAAAGAUUAGACGUUAUUGGAGGGCGUCCAUAAAGAAAGGUGGGUUAGCAUAGAUUGUACCUUCGGUGAGGAGACUUUAACAUAGACAAUGAUGGGCGCGAGGGAGGUUUUGGUUAGCUGAGCCGGAUGGUUGAUGGUAUCCGCGUCCAGAAUCACCAGCUGCAGGGUUUUGGCGAGUUCAAAUAUCCUUUCGAUUUCGCUUUGAACCUCCGCUUCACAGACCAGAUACAUUUUCAAUAUUUUUAAUGUUUAGCGGCGGUUGAUUUUUAAAUGCAACUUUUACCCAAACUGGAGCGAGUGUUGGACCUUUCCAUUAUUGGCCUUUUGUUGAGGACUGAUCUCUUGGCUAGGGACAGGUCGGCAGUGACGCGGGUGAUUGAGAUUCUACAAAGUUAGCAAAAACACGGAGUCAAAUAUCUGACUCAGACAUACUCAAGAAAAAGGAAGUGCUAAUCCCUAAUAUUCACCGACCUUCCCUCAAAUCUGUGUUUCAGGAAGUCAAAAAGGGCUUUCUGCAUCAUAUCUGUCACCUGUGUGGACGUAACGGAGGACAGAAACUCAAUUUUAUCCAAAGUAAUAAUACAUAAUGGAGUAAAAUAUGGCAAGGCAAACCUCAUAGCCCUUCAGUGAUGGUCCCACAAGGACCACUGGUCUCAUGGAGGGCACCACGUCGUACGGUGGGACAUGUUCCUGUUAAACCCAUAUGGAUCAGAGUGAUGAAGGGGGUGAGAAAAAAGGAUGAGCACAAAGUAUGCAGAAAAAGAAAAUGACUGAAAAGAGAAACUAAUAAUAAUUUGUGAACCUACCUGUUUUUGCUUCUGUUUAGCUUUUAAAAAUAAAAAAAUAAAUUAAGUGAUGAAGAUAAUAUUCUAAAAUACAGCGUCUCACACAUGGUUUCAGAUUCAAUGAUACAUAAUAAGAUUGAUAAGGUAAAGAAAACAGCUGGUUUGUGGGUCUAAAAAGGUGUCUCACAUGGAUGCAUGAGUAGUACCUACAUUCCCCUGCAGAUGGCGGUGUGGUCCUCCAGCUAGCAGUCACCAUGUCUCCUAAACUGGAGGAGUUGCCCCCAGUUUUCCUGCAAUGCCAAAGCACAAUAUUAUUAUUAUGUAAUGACAGAAAUUACAAUAAUGAUGAUUACAUGAUGUUCCAUCAUGAUAUUUUUCACUGAGCAAUUCAGUAUACAAGAUGUGUAAAUCUUUAUUAUUUGACUCAAUGACAGGGGUCUCAAACACGCGGCCCGCGGGCCAAAUGUGGCCCGCAGGACACUAGUUUGAGGCCCCCGCCUUGAUAUGAAAGUUUAAUGUUAGUGCGGCCCGCGCACGUUUGAUAUGGAUGCUGUAUGGUAUCAUGUACCCAGAAAAAAUUAUUACGUUUCAUUAAUGUUCAUGUUAAAGGUUAAAUAACUGUUAAUAGUUAUCCUCCCUAUCUGUGUGGAAGUGGUAAGUUUUUGGCUAUUUAGGUUUAAAGGAAAUAACUUGAAGGCUACCGUUUAGGUCGCUAGCUCUCUAGUUUGCGAGUUAGCAUGUGUCUCAAGAACAGCAGUUGCGCAAUAUGUUGUAAAUAAAAAAGUAUAAAUGUAACUAUAGUCGUGUUUUCUGAAAAGUCUGAAAAAAAUAAUUUGUCUACCCACCAACUAUAUGUGGUUUCUUAAGUUUUUAUUAUUUGCUGUGUUAUUAUUAUUAUUAUAUUUAUUUAUUACUGAUUGAUUUUCUUUAUUCUUGAUUUGUUUAUUUAUUUUUCAUCUUAUUUUGUGCAGAAAAAUAAAAAUUAAGAUAUUUGAGAACAGUGGAAUGUUUUAUCAGAGCUUUUAUUCUAGAAAAUCGGAACCAAAGCACUGAAAAAGUUUGUAUA